AUGACUGCGAACGUUCUCCCAGAGGGUAGCGUAGGCGCGGCCUUGCUGAACCGCAAUCGCGCCUGGUCUUAUGGAUCCAAUUCGCCUUGGUUUGAUAGCCAGGCUUCCUCUCCCGUAGUCCCUGCGACGCCGGUGAACAGUCCCGACGUAGUAACUCCCGCUAUCAGCGCCUACCCGUCUCCAAUGAUACCAGCUGCACCAACAGCCUCGCCCACUCACCUUGACAUUGGACCCGGCGAAAUGAGCUCGCUCAGAGAGGUGAUUGCGCCCGACUUCAUCAAGCUCCAUCACUUCCACUCGCCAAUGCUCUGGCCCGUCGUACCGCCAAACUCACCCGAGACCUUUGCUAUCGGAGGCGAUAUGGCGGUGGACGUCCCCGACAUGAACUACGUCCUUGGUGAUAGACUGGCUGCACUGGGAAUUGCCACCUCGAAGAAGAGCGGAUUCAGUAACGAGGAGAUGAGGAUUUUGAAGGCGGACAUCCCAGAAGCGCCAGAGAAUGAGUACUAUGAGAUCCGCGCCGACCCAGGCAAGGGCUAUGGAUGCUUCGCCAUUCGUGACAUCCCACACGGCACUCGAAUCCUCGCCGACGACCCUCUCCUCGUCGUGAAGGAGUACGAGUACCUUCAAGAAAAUGUCAAGGAAGCAUUCGAAAAGCUCACGCCAGCGCAGCAGGCACUCUACUUCACCCUCCACUCGGCGCAUGGUCAGGAUCCGACCCUCUGGCCGCAGCGCAUCCAUAGCGAUGUCGUUGGAAAGGAGCGAGCCCGAAUUCAGGAGCAGCAUGCCGCACGAGUCGGUAAGGAGCCUUCACUCGUCAGCAUCUUCCAGACCAAUUGCAUGGAGAUGGGCAAGGGCGCAGCCGUCUUCCCGCACGCGGCCCGCUUCAACCACUCGUGCAACCCCAAUGCUGCCUUCAACUGGAACGAUGCGAUCGGCAAGGAGACCAUCCACGCGAUGCGCAAGAUCAAGGAGGGAGAGCAGAUUACCCUGACUUACUGCGAUUCCACCCUGAACAAAGCAGUGCGCUCCUGGCAGCUCAAGCAUUACGGAUUCUUCUGCGAUUGCGAGGCAUGCGUCGGGGAUGACAGCGACCCGAACUCGUUUGCUGCCCAGAGCGAGGCCCGUCGAUUUCGCUUGACCGAGCUCCAGAACGAGUUCAAGAUGACGCGUGGAGCGUUCCUAGAGCAGGGAGUGCGCAAGGAAGAAUUCGUCGAGCAGCUUCUCGAGUACACCAAGCUGUUGAACGAGGAGGGAGAUCUAACCCCCCGACUGGCUGAUGCAUAUCUCGACCUUGCAUUGGCAUGCGAGAGAAAGAGCUACUUCGAACUGGCCAGGACGUGUGCCAACAAGGCCAUGAAGGUGCUGGUAGAUUGCCAGGGAUCCGAUCACCCAGACGUCUUCAGGAUCGCUGCCGUGGUCAAGAGGAUGAACGAGAAGGCAAGCAAUGCGGCCUGA